AUUCAUUACGUCAUUACAGUAUGUUUUGAUUCAAAGGUCGCGUCUCGCGAGUCGCGCGGCUUAAGGAAAAUAAAAACUAUUUGCACCGCGUGUAGUCCGGUCCAUUCACUGAUCAUAUUUAUAAUUAUUUAUUAUAGUCUGUGUUUGUUGAUACGCCGACUACGCCGUCAUUCGUGUGUUGUGCUUGGUGGUGUCGACACCUGUUUCUAAUAUUAACGGUUAUAAAUAAGAAGAAUAAAAUGCCUUCAGUUUCCGAUCCCGGUAGUUGGAGGAGACAGAUUAACAGGCGUGCUGUAAUUUCUAAAAUUGAGGCCUCCAUCCAACAGACCGGUGUGCCUAUACACCUGACUGCUGUCGAGAUGGAGAAUUUCGUGUUCACAAAAGUCAAGACCCGGGAACAAUACAUGAACACCAUUGCCAAAUUACUAUUCAAAUUACGGAGGAUCGUACUCCACCAAAACGGUCAUCCAGAUCCCGACCACGUUAUUGCGCGGCUACGAGAAUCAAAUGGCCAGAGACAGGUUAACACACAAGGACUAAAAUCACUUCAAAACCUAAGUAUGCAAUAAGAAACUCAAAAGUCACUGGAUAAAAAAACAGCAGCGCGCGACGGUUCGAAAUGGAACUAAGUCUUGUAUUUAGUUCUAAACUCGCACAACAGAUGUCACUGUGCAUUGAGAGGCGAUUUCUGAAUGGCGGUGUUAAGAUUUUCCGCGGUUUGGUUGGGUCGGCUCGAGGCGCUCGUAACGUUAACUCUGGUUU